AUGGAGCCUAGGAAGGACAGGUUAUAUUGGGUGUUCUCAAGUACUGGGGUGUAUACAGUAAAGUCUGGGUACAGAUUGGCCAAAAGUAAGAAAAUGAGGGAGAGUCAAGAGAGGCAUAGAGCAGAAUCCAGUGUAGGAAGGGGCAGCCAUAAGGGUGAAGGUGAGAUUUCCAAUGGCUGGAGUUUGCCUCAGAAGGGCUGGAUUAAGAUAAACUCAGAUGCUGCAUUACAACAGAAUGAAGGUUUGGCAGGUUGGAGAAUGGUUGCAAGGGAUUGGAAAGGGAAUGUUCUAGGAGCUUGGGCAAUACCAAACUCUAGUUGUUCCAAUCCAAAGCUAGAAGAAUCAAUGGCAUUAAGAGCAGCCAUGGUGAAGGCGAAGCAGCAAGGAUGGAGAAGGGUGAUGUUUGAAUCAGAUUGCCUUAUGGUGGUGGAAGAGAUUAACAGGGAGCAGACUAAUGUGAUAGGAUCAGUAGUGUUAUCUGAUAUCAGGAAACUUAGAACAAAAUUUGACGAAUGUUGUUGUACUUUUACCCGAAGAGUAAACAACUCUGUUAGUCACACACUUGCCAAAAUGGCAUUAAAGUUGAGAGAACAAACUGAAUGGAAGGAUGUCUUCCCAGGCUGGCUACUUGAGCUGGGGCAAGCAGAUGUUGCGGGCCGUUGCCCAUCUUUUAUGUAA